AUGGCUGAAAGAGACAUACCGCUACCAACAUCCGAGAAAACUAGCAAUGAUUCCGACGCCAACCCUACCAGGCGGCACAGUAUCAGAGGGUUCAGGCAUGGGAACAGACACCACCAGAAGGUCAAGUUCUCCAACGUAGCUGAUGAUGCGGGAGAGUCCAUUGUCGAGGCGAGCACGCACGGAGACGUUCCAAAAAUCCGCUUGUCUGAUUCUGAAGACGUUGCCGACCACGGUCUUCCGGCUUCGGAUUGGGCUGGAAUUACACAUGCUGCAGCCGCUCAAGCCCAGGACCGUGCCAGCCGCCUAGCUGAUCGAUUAAACCCUUCUCGGGCACAAUCAAAGUCACAUCAAGGAUUGCUUAUUUCUCAGAGCUCGACUCCUCAAGCGUCGACAUCGCCUAGCUCAUCUCCCCCAACAAAGCCGUUGAUUGAUUGGCUCGUUAAUGACGACGACAUCCCCCUAGAGCCACUCGAAAAGGACAAGCGUCCAUAUACGUUGCACGAUGAGACGAGUGAUGAUGAUACCGACAGCAACCCCAAGGCUCUGCACCGUGAUAAUGAGAAUGUCGAAGAAGCAAGGAGACUGAUUAGAACAUUGACCAGCGCUCAGAACGCGACGGCAUGGCAGGAGGAGCCACGGUCAGGAGCAGAGACUCCCGCGGUGGACAAACGCCUUCACGACUUGGAGUACGUCCCCCCUCCAAAUCAGUAUCGUCCCAGUGUCUUUGGCGCCCUCCUUGCCUCAAAACUAGCACAUUUACAACGAAAUGGAAUUACCCAUCCCACAUACCACGAAGACCUUACCUCACACACGCCAAACAAGUACUCUCCAAAAGGCUUCUAUUCCAAAGGCCAUUCUCGCGCAGGUUCCGAGAGCCGUGAUCAUUCGACUCCAUCAUCUGGAUGGGCUACGCCCUCUAAGAGACCGAAGUGGUAUGACAAAGACAGUAAUGAGCGCCAGUCAACCGGGUCUCUGGCAACGUUGUUGGCUCAAGUAUCCGUGACCUCAGCAGCUGCUGCCGCACCUCAAACCAGCAAUUACGUACCUCGCCCACCGCUUCAUCAUGCAAAGUCCUCAAACGGCAUGAUUGCGACGGCGGUUGACAUGAUAAAGCACCCUGGCAACUAUUUUCAUCACAAAUCUACGCAGUCAUUGCUGAUAGAUGAGGAGCGAGUCAUCCUGGAUGUCGCCGAAAUCAUCGCAUGUCGAAAGUAUCUAAAAAAGCUAGCUCGAUGCCUGAUGGCAGUCGGAGCACCAACUCACCGUCUCGAAGAAUAUAUGAAGACUUCCGCACGAGCGCUCAACAUCGACGGUGAUUUCCUCUAUAUGCCAGGCUCGAUGCUGGUCUCGAUCAAUGACAGAGUUACUAUGAGUACAGAAGUCACUCUGGUGAAGGAGUCCCAAAACGUGGAUCUCGGAAAAUUCAGAGACGUCUUUGACGUUUACAAGCUAGUCAUUCACGGCAAAUAUACGGCCGAACAAGGGACGGCUGAUCUAGACGAGAUCAUGAGGAAGCGCGGAAGACAUUGUCUUCCGCUCCGGAUUUUUGCAUAUGGCAUCGCCGCCAUUGCGGUGGGCCCUUUUGCUUUUGCCGCUCGACCAGUCGAUUUUGGUCCCAGUUUUAUCCUGGGGUGCAUUCUCGGUUGGCUGCAGCUUGUGGUGGUAACCCGGUCGGAACAGUUUUCACACGUGUUCGAAAUACUGGCAUCCGUCCUUAUCUCAUUUGCUUCCCGAGGCCUGGGUUCUAUCUACCAUAAAGGCACUGCCGUGUUCUGUUUCUCGGCUAUUGCACAGAGCAGCAUAGCCCUGAUUCUGCCAGGAUACAUGGUGCUGUGCUCUGCGCUGGAAUUACAAAGUAAAAGCAUUGUUUCAGGGUCUGUUAGGAUGGUAUACGCCAUUAUAUAUUCCUUGUUUCUCGGUUUUGGAAUUCUGAUCGGCACAGUUGUUAUGGGCCUCAUUUAUCCCCAAGCACAGAGUGAUGUGACUUGCAACACCCCCAUUUGGUGGAACGAUUCCAACCAUGGACCCAAACUUCUGUAUGUCAGAUUCAUUUGGGUCCCGAUAUUUGCAAUAUGCCUUGCUAUCAUCAACCAAGCAAAAUGGAAGCAAAUACCGGUCAUGACUCUUAUUGCCUUUGUCGGGUAUCAAGCGAACUUCUGGAUCUCGACCAAACUUUCGAACAACAUCCAGGUGGCCAACGCGAUUGGCGCCUUUGCAAUUGGGACAAUGGCUAAUCUAUACUCUCGUUUUUUCCAUGGCCUGGCGGCUGCCGCCAUGCUACCGGCGAUUUUCGUUCAGGUUCCAAGCGGGCUCGCGGCAAGUGGGAGCCUGGUGGCAGGCAUCACAAGUGCCGAUCAAAUUACCGGGAAUUUGACAGGUGUUAGUGUCAUCAACAACGGCACUGCAGGAUUCCUGGACGCCCAGAACAGUACAAGCAGUGCGAGUGUUUAUAGCGGUACGAUUUUCAAUGUUGGGUAUGGAAUGGUUCAAGUCGCCAUCGGUAUUAGCCACACCGACCGACAUUUGAUCCGGCUCGAGGCAAAGAGGCGCAGCGAGGUCCAGCUUAUCAUCAACGGCUACUACCAGCGCACACUCUUCUUAAAGUUCGGUCAGUCACCCUCCAGUCUUCGCAAACAACCCGGACAAGGCGGCACCGCGGAAGCCGAGAAGAGAGAUCUCAGAGCGGAGCUACUUGCAGCCGAAGCAGCACAUUUUGCAAAGACAAAAGGCACAUCCGCGGAACCCACGAGCAGCACUCCUAAGCCUCUAAAACGAGAACUCGAAGACUCCUCACAUGCCGGUGAUGGUGGUGAGAACGAAGACCCCGAAACCAAACGAAGAAGGAUACUGGAAGAAACCCGAGAAAUCGAUGCGGAUUCAGAUGGAAGCGAUACAGAAAGCAGCGACGAGGAAAGCGAUGAAGAAGAUGAGACGGCAGAAUUGAUGCGCGAACUUCAGAAAAUCAAAAAAGAGAGAGCCGAGCAAAAGGCACGCGAAGAAGCCGAACAGGCUCAACAAGUACAAGACCAGCGAGAACGAGAUAUUGCGCUUGGUAACCCGCUACUCAAUCCGAAGGCCUUCAACGUCAAACGGAGGUGGGACGACGACGUGGUCUUCAAGAAUCAAGCUCGAGGGACAGAACAGAAGGGGAACAAGGAAUUCGUCAAUGACUUGCUAAGGUCGGAUUUUCACAAGAAGUUUAUGUCGAAAUAUGUCCGAUGA